AUGGAUGUCACAGAUCACAUUGAAGAUUUGGAAGAAGAUAAAGUCCCUUACAAUGCAGAGGAAGCAAAAAUUCGUGAAGAACAAAAUCAGGAGAUUCUUGAGGAUGAUAUUUUUACAUAUCUUUGUAACUGUGGAGCUUUAGCUGUUGUAAGUGAACUUCAAUUGGAAAGACUUCCUUUAAGAAAAGAUGAUCUUAGUCGAGUUUUUGAUGUAAAUAUUCAUAAAAUUAAGCCUUUUUUUAUUGAAGGUAAAAUUGUAUAUUUAAAAAGAGGGCAGGAUAAAUAUGAAUUAAUAAGCGUAAAAAAUUGCUCAAAAUGUUUAUUUCCAAUAUUCUAUCAAAGUUUAUCUUCUCCAACACAACAACCUAUGCCAACAACAUAUUAUAUAAUUCAUAAUUCAGUACGUUUAAAUAAAUCAGAAAAAGAUGCAGAAAAUGAAAAAACAAUAUUAAACAAAAGGAACAUUAAAGGAGGUGGAAAAGGAAAAGUUGUAGUAUCAACUAUGAUUGAGAAAUGUUCUGCCAGUGAUGAACCUGAUUCAAUUAACACAACAGAUAACUACAACCUUAAUGCUAAAUUAAUAAAACAAGAGCUUGAAAGAAAGAAUGUAUGGUAUGCAGAAAAAAUGAAUCAAUAUAAAAAGUUAGGUGAAAAUAAUUUAGCUAAAAAAAAACGUGGUACACUUUGUAUAUAA